UCUGGUAAAAAAUGUUAUUAAUAUAGGACAUAGGUAGUCCUAAAUGUAUUAUUUAUUAUAUAAGUAAUAAGUGUUGUGCUGAUAAUACUUGUGAGCCAUAUUUAAGAGAAUAUUAUUAUAUCAACUAAGUGAUAGUCAAUAAGCAUAGAUGCUUUGUUCGACUCGCCUCAGGUUUUCGACGCGUUUGUUGGCGUAUAGACGAAAUCUKUCGACUGCCUGUAUGGACGACGUGCUGUUCGAGGUCAAAAACGACGUGGGCAUCAUUACGUUGAACAGACCGAAAGCGCUGAAUUCCCUCAACACGUCGAUGGUCCUCAAGAUCAAACCGAAACUGAAAGAGUACGAAUCACUGGUAAGGAUGGUGAUCAUGCAGGGUGCCGGCGGCAAGGCGUUUUGUGCCGGUGGCGACGUAAAAUCCAUCACGGAGAACGGCGUAGGCGCCAAGUCAUUCGAAAUCGGCACAAACUUCUUCCAUAAUGAAUACUCGAUGGACAGCAUGAUCGGAAAAUACAAGGUCCCGUACGUAUCGCUGAUCGACGGCAUUACGAUGGGCGGCGGCGUUGGCAUAUCCGUGCACGGCAAGUACAGGGUGGCUACCGAGAAGACACUGUUCGCCAUGCCGGAGACCGCCAUCGGGCUGUUCUGCGACGUGGGUGGCAGUCACGUUCUGUCCAGGAUGGACAAGCACCUGGGCGUCUUGUUGGGCUUGACUGGGUGCAGGCUGAAGGGCAGCGAUGUGGUCAAGGCUGGCAUCGCCACGCAUUACGUACACAGUUCAAAGAUCGACGGUCUCCGGGCCAAGCUGAUCGAGGACGUCCGAGACCCGGGUAUCGUACUCGCGGAGAACACGGACGAUAUGGAUGGCGUGGAGUUCAGCAUGGCACCGUUAAUGGAGAAAAUUGAUUCGAUAUUUUCCCACGAGCGAGUCGAAGAUAUUGUCGAAGCGCUGAGAACAGAUGGUUCGGAGUGGGCGCAAGGGGUUCUUAAAUCGCUCAGCGAGGUCAGCCCGACGGGACUGAAAAUCACUCGAAAAGAAAUUUCAAAAGGAAAAAAUCUCAGUUUAGACGAAUGUAUUAAAAUGGAACACCGAUUGGCGGUACGGUGCAUAGAAGCCAAGUAUUCUACCGACUUUUACGAAGGGGUUCGAGCACUGUUGAUUGACAAAGAUAAAAAUCCAAAAUGGUGUCCAGCUUCAUUGGAAGAAGUGAAAGAUGAAAUUAUUGACAAAUAUUUUGAGCCAUUAUCAAAUGAUCAAGAGUUGCAAUUAUCAUAAAUAAAUAUUAAAUUAUAGUAUUUUUUUAUUAUAAUUUGUUGACAUAAUUGUUAUUUUUU